AACCAAUCUGCUGAGCCACAAUAGCUACUCAGACCCACUCGAACGGUCAUGCUGCACGCCUUUGUCCACUCCUCCUAUUGGCUAGGAUUCACUCGAGAGCUCACCAGCCUCGCGAACGCUCAGAUGAAGUCGUCAUGAUCCUUCGCGCUCUUCAACGACAAUUGCCUGCCGUCGACCGCUCACGACACAGCCCUAUCCUAGAGCCAAUUCCGUCCCAAUUGCAAAAAAGUUGGAUCCUACCACCAUUUUGGCCGGUUAUCUGCCAAUUGACUAGCUCAAACCUCCGUGCCAUCAGUUCUGUACCGAACCUACGCCCCAGUGCAACUGCCGAUAUAGCCACAGUUCUGCCAACCUGCCAAAGCGCACAUCAUGCCUCCCGACUGGAAAUUGCUCUCCCUUUACGGUGGUGACAACCCUUGGGACUCAAGCCUCUGGACCGAUUCAGACGACAGAGUACGUGGUGGUAAGAGCCAGUCUCAUUUGCACUGCGAGUCCCCGGAAAAGGCCGAGUUCUUUGGCAACUUGGACAUCACCGCCCUAGGAGGAGCGGGAUUUGCGUCGCAGAGGACGCUCGGCACACUCGACCUGGACUUGAGUCAGUAUGACGGGCUUGCCAUCAAAGUCUUGAAGAGCGAUUCCAAGAAGUACACAGUCACUAUCAAGGAUGAAAUCCUCCCGCCGAGAGAGGACGGCCGCGACCAGAGUACAAUUAGCUGGGAGUUCGACUUUGUACCCGAGGCUGGCGAAGUGAAGAUCCCUUGGGAUCAAUUCAAGGCAACCUACAGAGGUAGGGAUAAGCCUGACGCCAAGCCACUGGACAUUGCCAACAUCAAGAGAAUCAGCUUCAUGAUGCGAAGCUUCUUUGGAACCCAAUCGGGUGAUUUCAGCUUCACCGUUGGCUACCUUGCCGCUUUCAGCAACCGCCGCGAGUCAUCGGACUCCGAUGUUUCGUUCCAGAAGGAACGUGUCGCGUCACCUGCACCGGCACCAGUUAAGCCGUCAUCGUGGUUGGGUUGGCUUUGUGGAUGGGAUAGACGAGCCUAAGAUGCUAUGGUGGCUGGAAAAGCGGAUGGCAAGGCUGCGGCGGGGUAGAAAUCACUGUUACGUUUAGACAUCUCAAGAUGAUCAAUCCAUGGCGUCAGGGUAGGCAUGUGGAUUUCAUUCCAUGAGGCUACAUAGAGCUUUAAGCAA